AUGACACUUUUGCAACAUUCUCCAUCCAAACGAGCCAAGAAGCCCACAACGCGCUUGUCGCCCUUGAUUUUAGGCACGCCGGCACUAGUUGUGCAACAUACUCCGUGUACGCUGGACCUUUCCAUUCUUCCACCAGAGCUUGCAUGCAGGCUAUUUCACACGAUGCUGCAUGAGAGCCGAGAUUGGCAGCGAAACAAGUGGUGGUUGUUCGAUCGCGUGGUGGAGAGUCCUCAUAGGACGUCCUUCUACACCAGACGCUCCUCUAAUCAAGCAGAGGAUGAGAACAUGCAGCAAGCCGCUCAAUAUUGGUAUAACGGUCGGCGCACUGAACCCCCUGCUGCGUUCCUUCCUGCGAUGGAAGAAGCUUGCAUGCACAUCGAGCGCGUCGUGAACCGGGAGAUGCGCAAGCGGAAGCGAUUCCCGUUAGAAUGGGGUGGAGAGCCCGGUACGCAGGAGGAGACAGGUUCGGGCGAGAAGAUUCUAUGGCGAGCAAACGUCGCAGCAGCAAAUUGUUACGAAGGGGCAAAGGAGAGCGUCGGCUUCCAUUCUGAUCAGCUGACAUAUCUUGGGCCAUAUGCAACCAUUGCCAGUUUGAGUCUAGGGACCAGCAGGACGUUCCGAUUACGAGAGGUUGUACCAACCGAUGAGAGAGAGACGCGCAGUGCAAGGACGUAUGACAUCCCCCUUCCGCACAACUCACUGAUUAUAAUGCAUGCCUCCACGCAGGAGACAUUCAAGCACUCAGUUCCACCUCAAAGUGUUAUAGACCUCUUUCAUCCGCCGUUUCCUCCCCCGCCUGAUCUUUCUGCCCCGGACGAGCGCGAGCAGCGAUCUACGGCCUCUCCGUCCAAUUGCCGAAUCAACAUGACGUUCCGCUUCUAUCGGCCUGAUUUCCGAGCUCAGACGACGCCGCGGUGCAACUGUGGUGCUCCAUGUAUCCUCCGACCGGAUAUGAAGAACCGAUAUCGUGAACCAAGCCAGACGUCUGGACAUGGUGAAGGGUCGAACCAUGUCACUUUGGACCAGGGAACUGGACAUACACUGCGGAAAAAUAUGGUUGACAAAUAUUGGUGGACAUGCUACGCUGGUGCACAAAAUGACGGCAAGGGAUGUGGCUUCUGGAAGGUCAUGGAUGUAGUGGCGGAGGGGCGAGGACCCUUUGUAGGCUCCGUGCCCAGGAGUUCAUCCUAG